GGGGGAGACGCGACAGGAAGUGGUGUUGUGUGGACCGUUGAGGAGAGAAAUGGCGUCUGCUGACCUGUGGAAUGAACUGGAAUGUUCCAUCUGUCUGGACAUUUAUACAGAUCCUGUAACCCUGAAAUGUGGACACAACUUCUGCCAGGAUUGUAUUGGUCGUAUGUUGGAUACACAAGAGGGGUCUGGAUGGUAUUCCUGUCCUGAAUGCAGAGAUGAAUUCCAGGAGCGGCCUGCACUGCGGAGGAACAUAACGCUACGUAAUAUAGUGGAGAAUUUCAUGUCUUCUCAGCGAAAUCAGGAGUCAACUGGGGUCUUCUGUACUUACUGUAUUCACACUCCUGUACCGGCUGUGAAAUCCUGUCUGAUGUGUGAAGCUUCUCUGUGUGACAACCACCUGAGAGUCCACAGCAAGUCACCAGAACACGUCCUAUGUGACCUCACCACUUACCUGGAGACCAGGAAAUGCUCCAUCCAUAAGGAACUACUGAAGUAUUACUGCACCGUGGACUCCACCUGUAUCUGUGUGUCUUGCAGUUUGGUCGGAGAACAUCGGGGACAUCAGGUGGUGAGUCUAGAGGAGGCCUAUGAGAAGAAAAAGAAAAAACUGAGGAAUGUUCUGCAGAAACUGAUGACAGAGAGAGAGGAGACAGAGAAGAGAAUCCAGAGUUUGCAGGAACGCAAGGGGAAAAUCCAAGGAAAAGCAGAUGAUGAAACCGAGAGAGUCACUGCCCUGUUCAGAGACCUCAGAAGACGUCUGGAAGACUUGGAGAAGAGAGUCCUGAGUGAGAUCUCCAGGCAGGCAGAGCGGACCUCUCGAUCGCUGUCUGAUAUGAUCCAGGAUCUGGAAAUAAAGAAGGAGGAGCUGUCCAGGAAGAUGGGGGACAUUGAGAAGCUGUGUAAAAUGACGGAUGCACUGACUGUCCUACAGGAAUCGGACUUGUGUGAUACUGAGGAUGGAGAUGAGGACAGAGAGAGACAUGAGAACCUCCUCCAUGAUGGAGGGGAUGUGGAUGUGGGGGGGAUCUCACACAUAUUACACACGGGU